CACAAGCUGCGAGAUUGCGGGCGGCGAUGUGUUGCCUCACGCCUGCAUCGGCAGCUCCCGGCGGCUGCUGGUGGGGCACCGCAGCCGGCUGGCGAGUGUGAUGCUGGAGGCGGUGCAGAACCACGGGCCGCAGGUGCUGGUGGUGGACGAGAUUGGGAAUGCAGAGGAGGUCUCCGCGGCCCGCACCAUCUCCCAGCGCGGAGUGCUGCUGGUGGCCACCGCGCACGGCACUGACCUGGGCUCGCUGCUGCGGAACAACGAGCUGAACAACCUAGUGGGGGGGCUGCAGUCUGUGACGCUGGGUGACGGCACCGCGGCUCGCUCCAACGGGGGUGCCAAGGUGCGCACCGAGCGGCGGGGCGCCCCCACCUUCCGGACGCUGGUGGAGGUGAUGGGGGGAGGAAGGCUGCGUGUUCGCCCCGACGUGGCCGCCAGUGUGGACGCCCUGCUGGGUACCUCCCCCACCUCCCCAUGCGCCCUCCCGCCCCCCGCAUCGCCCUCCGCACUCGCCACCGCCUCACCCGCCCAACAACACGCCGGCAUGUGGCAUCAUGGGCAUCAUGGGCAUCACGGGCCGCGUGGCUGGCAGCACCUGCACCCGCACUCGCGCCACCACUCCGCUGCUUCCCACCACCUCCACCACCACCCCCACCACCACCC